UGGUGUAGCCUGGUAGUUUUAUACCCCUACCUGUUACUUGUAUUUGGUGAUCUUUGCUUUGCUUUAAAUCUUCGCUAUUUGCUCUACUCUCUGGUUAUGCCUAUGUACAGUAUAAUGUAGCAGGUGAUGGGUGUGGAUUAAUGGAAAAGAGUCAUUAGCAUUGAGUCAUUGAGUCAUUGAGUCUCUUCUUCCAACCACAGUGUCCCAUUCCUACCACUCUGAACAAUGGAACAGGAAGUACAAGUUCAACCAAUCAACCAUUGGUUCUUAACAGAGCAGCAGUUCUUAACCUUUUUGAGAGUGCCACCCAUUUUUAAGAAUGACAAACGUUUCGUAAUACUCACACAGUGGGAUGGUUGGGCGUUGACUAUUAAUGUUAUUUAAUGGGAUGAAUUUGAAUGUUUUGUACAGCACUUUGGAUCAGCUGCUGUUGUCUUUAUAAAUAAAUUUGACUUGACUUGACUUUGACAGAGGAUGCGAGAUGGUCCCGUCAUGGCUGAGAUGGGCUGAGGAAAAGACGCAAACUCUCUUUGACCGUGGACCGUCGACAGCCAGGCUCUACUGAGUAAGGCCUCACUGACUUUCUGGAUUUUACUAUGCCUUGUAGACCGGAUUUCAAGGAUAUGUGCAUUUAUGUUCUUGAACGUGCAGCAACCAUGUGAAUGGUCUAGUUUGUUCCCGUUGGACGACUAAGCGAGGAGAAGUAUCCCAGGAUCCACUACACCGUUAAAAUGCCUGUGCAUCAGAUAUCCGUCAAGCCUAUUAGUAGGGAUUCCACGUGUAAUGGCCAGGGCAGCAUCAGAACCAGAAAUAAGCGUAAAGAAAAUGAGGCACAUAGUUCCACCCAGGGGGCAGUACUCACUGGCACAUCACAGCCUUCCUGUCUGGAAACGAAAAGCCCAGAUCAUACCACAGCCAUCAUUUCUGUAAGCCACACCCCCAUCACUAAGCAACAGGUGAAGCGUCGUUACCGGCAGCAACGGAAGAGCGGUGGUUGCGUCGUAGAGUGUGUGGACCAGUCAAAGAGCGCACACACCCAUAACGACUCAUCUUCGGGAGACGAACAGUACCACAGGGCAGCUCGAUCAUGGAGCCGUGAGAAAGCCCGGCGCAGACGACGCCCACGCGUGCUCCCGUGCUCCCGUAAGGAUGAGGCCCAGAAACAGGACCUCCAGACCUCCCAGGGGACAUACUUAAAGAUGGAGGAGCUAGACAGCAAGUCAGCCAAUCACGCCAGAGAGAGUGAGUGCGGCACUGAAAAGGGUAGCGAGGACGAAGAGCCAAUCACGAAGACGUAUGAGGAACGAGGAUCAGGAGACGCAGAUAUGGCCAUCCAAACAGCUCAGAAGUACACAGAGGCGUCCAAUCAGAACGGGAAACUACAGGAAGCGUGCACUGAUGAUGAACUAGAAGUGUGCAGGAUCUGCCACAGUGAAGGUGAUGAGGAGUGUCCUCUCAUCAUGCCAUGUAGGUGCACAGGUAGUCUACGCUUCGUGCACCACGCCUGCCUGCACCAGUGGAUCAAAAGCUCAGACACGCGCUGCUGUGAACUGUGUAAAUACAACUUCAUCAUGGAGACGCACCUCAAACCCUUGCGCAAGUGGGAGAACUUGCAGAUGUCUACAAACGAGCGCAGGAGGAUCUUCUGCUCGGUGAUCUUUCACCUGGUGGCUGUGGCAUGUGUCGCCUGGUCGCUCUUCACCUUCAUCCUCAGGAACCACACUGCUGAAGGAUUACAGCAAGGCAAAGAGCACAAUGGACUUCUGGAGAGGCUGUUCUGGACCAAGCUUGGCAUUGUGGUCCUCAGCGUGGUGGCAGGCCUCAUCUUCAUGUACAUCCAGUGCAAAGUUUACCUAAACCUGUGGAGGCGCCUGAAGGCUUUUAACCGUGUCAUUUUUGUGCAAAACUGCCCAGACUCGGUGUGCAACGGAGCUGAAAAGGCCCCGCCCCCGCACAUUGUUCCCAACCACCAGACCCAAACAAACGUUACCUGCCCUGUCCCUGCAGGAGGAAGUGCAGAUACGGUUCCUGUUUGAUUUUCUAUUCAGAUGGUGGUUCAGAUGUGUUUCUGACUGUCAUGGGAAAAGAAAUUUAAUUCAACUGGAUAUGGACAAUGGGUAGCUUAACUUCAAACAGAGCACUCAGAAAUCAACCGAGACUUUGGCCAUCUCAGAAAAUCGUAUAAUUUCAAAGCCAAAUCUACCGCUUUUACACACCAGGAACAUUCGACAGAACCCAAAAAUCAGUAUUAAGUACAAAUGCUUGAACGAUCCACUAGCUGGUGCUCCAUAUACAUGUCUCAUAGAUAAGAUUCCCUUAGUUUUCAGUGACAGUUAUUCUUUAAAAACGGUUUUGAAUCAAGUCAAUUAAUUUGUAAAAAAAAUAUAUAUAUAUAUUUUUGGAAUGAUUUUACAAAGCGAAUUAUUUUUGCUCUUUCUCUCUUUGCUCUGGUUGUUUUAUAGCAAAAUACAGUAGGAAAGCUGGGCACUUGUGUCCACUCUAAUCACUAAUGAUGUUUGAUUUCUUUUUCACACGUUUGACUGGAGUACUUUUCCUUGAUGCAAUAAUCUUGAUGUAAAAACCGGUGUCUGCGAUCAUAACACUAAGGUCAAUUAUUUGACACUUUCAUCCAUGAAUCUCAAAAUGCGGGUCCGUGAAGCAUAAGCAGGGUGUGUACAUGACAAUGCACUUGUUUAAAGUUGUUUGGUGGUGCCAGAGCUAAAUUAUUCAGCUGAUGAUUGUUUUGAAUGACUUAUUUGUUUAUAUUUCUGGAAACACAACCAAUGGAUUCCAUUAGAAAACACUGGGCUUCAUUUAUCAAGGUGGAUAUGAACAACGUGGAUGUGAAUAUAUAUUUUAUAUAUAAAAUUUGUUUCACUCUGCCCAAGUUUUACAUUCUUUCCUACAUUCUUUUGAAUAAAAUAAAAU